AGAGUCUACUGCAGGGAGUACUGUGAAUAGUGACAUGUCCAAAGGGGAACCGCUACACUUCAGUAAUAAUACACCAAGCUCAACCACAUCAACUGACAACAGCAAUGCUUCUGUGAAGAGUGAUCGCAGUGUGAAAAAUGCAGGAGAAAUUCUGAAGUCUGCAAUUCGCAAAAAGUAUAAAAAACAGAGAGAGGAAGGGAUUGACACAGAACUCUGUGUACAAAAGGAAAAAAAAGAAAAGCUAGUGCAACCCGACUACAAGGAUAUGUUUAAUGUGCGAACGGUGCUAACAACAGGAAUGGCUGGUGUUGGUAAAACAUUUCAAACAAAGAUGUUCACGAUUAAAUGGGCAAAAGGGAACACCAACAAAAAAAUAGACUUUAUAGUUUCAUUCCAGUUCAGUAAGCUGAAUAAAAGAAGAGACCAAGUUCAGAGUAUGGAAGAACUGCUGAACGAUCACUUCAGUGAUAUUAAACUACGAGGACAUCUCUCCUAUGACAAGUUUAAAAUACUUUUUAUUCUGGAUGGCCUGGAAGAAUGUACACUUCCUCUGGAUUUUAUAAACAAUAAGAACCUGACUGACAUGAAGGCACAGGCCACGAUGGAUGAGCUGCUAACAAACUUAAUCAAAGAGACUCUGCUUCCUUCUGCUCAUCUCUGGAUCAUCUCUCAACCCUCAGGAGUUGAUAAGAUUCCAUCUGAUUAUAUCCAGAAAGUUACAAAAUGUCAAGAGACGUCAAAGCGAUGGACGAAGGUGGUGACACAUAUGCGAGAAAGACUUUGUACAGAAAUCACUCUGAUUGAAGACACUGAUCAUCCUAAGCAGAAAACCACAGAACACAUCAUGAGAGAAGACAGCACUGCAGAGGGCACUGAUGAACAGAAAAAGAAACAGAUUGUAGUAAAAGUGGAGGCAACAUCUGACAUCUUUAAAGACAAGAAAGGGAACAAAAUCAGAACAGUGCUGACUGUUGGAGAGGCUGAUAUCGGAAAAUCCUUCCAUGUACAGAAAUUUAUAAAACAGUGGGCGGAAAAGAAAAACCCUUCAGUUUUCACUUGGGUUGCAGACAAAACAAAAGCUUCUUUUGGUAAAGCAAAACAAAAUGAACUGGGAAUGUUUCCACUCAGUGAGAUUAAUCAGAUUAAAGAUAUGAAAUUUAGCUUAGUGGGUCUUCUUAAUCAUUUCUUCAAGAAAACCAAAGAAUUUGUCAUUACUAACUUUUCACAAUUCCCAGUUUUAAUUAUCUUGGAUGGACUUGACAAAUUUCAGCUUCCACUUGACUUUGACAACAACACCACCUUGUCUGAUAUCAGUGAACCAGCCUCAGUGGACGUGCUGUUGACCAACCUCAUCAAAGGGAACCUGCUUCCUUCAGCUCUAGUGUGGAUAACGUCCCGACCUUCAGCUGCUAAUCGGCUGAAUGUUGAGAAAUGUGUUGACAGGGUGACAGAAAUACGAGAGAAGCCUGAUAUUAGAAGCCAACGCAAACUCAAGUCUCAACUGAAGGAGCAGUUUACUCGUGUGUCUGAGGGCAUCGACAGGCAAAAAACCUCUGCUGUCCUGAAUGAGAUCUACACAGAGCUCUACAUCAUAGAGGGGCAGAGUGGAGAAGUCAACAAGCAGCAAGAGACCAGACUGGUUGAAAAAGCAAAGUUCAAACCAGUUAAACAAGAAACAGUAAUUAAAUAUAAUGAGAUCUUCACCUCUGUUGAAAAUAAACAUAUUAAAACUGUGAUGACAAUUGGAGUGGCAGGAAUAGGAAAAACUAUCGCAUCAAUGAAGUACAUGCUGGACUGGGCUGAGGGUAACAUGGUUCAAGACAUUUAUUUCAUGUUUCCACUUCCUUUCCGAGAGCUUAAUCUGAGAAAAGAGGAACAACUCAGUUUUGAGGAUCUUCUUCAUCAGUUCUUUCCAGCUAUGAAGACCUCAGAAAUAUCUGACUAUGACAAGUACAACAUUCUGGUUGUUCUGGAUGGCUUUGAUGAAUGCCGCCUUGAUCUUGACUUCAGUGAAAGUAAUAAAUGCAUCGAUGUGAGAGAGCAAACAUCAGUGAAUCUUCUGCUGACCAACCUCAUCCAUGGAAAUCUGCUUCCUAAAGCUCAGAUCUGGAUCACCUCCCGACCAGCAGCGUCCAACCGUAUUCCUGCUGAUAAAGUUGACCGGGUCACAGAGGUGCGAGGAUUCAACGAUGAGCAAAAGGAAGAGUACUUCAGGAAGAGGUUUAAUGUGGAUCUGGCUGAAAAAAUCCUCACCCAUGUGAAGAAAUCAAGAAGCCUUUAUAUCAUGUGUCACAUACCAGUUUUCUGUUGGAUCACUGCAAAGGUCCUGGAGGAAUAUGUGACCACAAACCAAGAAGAUGAAAUGCCCAAGACGCUGACUGACAUGUACACAUACUUUCUUUUGAUCGAGUGCAGACAGGCUAACAGAAAGUAUAAUGAAGAUAAGACAAGUGAAAGCUGUGAGAUAGAUAAAUGCUGGAAUGAAAGAAACAAGGAAACCAUUAUAUCUUUAGGCAAACUAGCUUUUGAGGAGCUUGUGAAAGGAAACUUUCUCUUUACUGAGGAAAACCUGACAGAGUGCGGUACUGACAUCACAAAAGCUGCUGUUUUUUCUGGAAUAUUGACUCAGAUCGAAAGAGAAGGUCCUUCAAUGUACCCACAGAAACUGUUUUGCUUUGUCCAUUUGAGCAUUCAGGAGUUCCUGGCAGCUUUCUAUGUGUUUUACAUCUUCAAUAACAAAAGUGAAAAUCUGCUUACCCCACCUCCUUCAGUGGUUUCAGACUUGCCUGCAUCCGAGUUUUACAAGAAGGCAGUGGACAAGGCUUUAGAUAGUAAACAUGGAGACUGGGAUCUGUUUCUCCGCUUCCUGCUGGGCCUCUCACUGGAGACCAAUCAGAAACAUCUGAAAGAACUGCUGAUAGACAACAACAAAAAUAACAAGGAGACCAACAAGGAGACAGCUGAGUACAUCAAAAAGAAGAUCAACGAAGACAUCAGUGAUGCAGAUAAAAACCUCAAUCUUUUUUACUGUUUGAAUGAGCUUAAUGAUCACUCUCUUGUGAAAGACAUCAAAGACCAACUGCGAUCAGGAAAACAGAAUUUUGAAGAUUACUCUGCUGCUCAGUGGUCUGCUCUGACGUUUGUGCUGUUGACGUCAGAUGAGAAACUCGAUGUGUUUGAUCUGAAAAAGUAUCGGAAAUCAGAGAAAGUUCUUCUGGGAAUGUUGCCAGUGGUCAAAGUCUCAAAAAUUACCUUGCUGACUUGGUGUGAGCUCUCUGAAAAAGCCUGCAGUGGUCUGACAUCCUCAGUCCUAAGCUCUGCAUUCUCAAACCUUUCGGAGUUGGACUUUAGCCAUAAUGAUUUGCUUGAUGUGGGUGUGCAGCAUCUUGCAGAAGGCCUGAAGAGUUCACACUGCAAACUGGAGAUUCUGAAAUUGUCUGGUUGUCAGGUAACAGAGACAGGCUGCUCUUUCUUGGCCUCAUCUCUCAUAUUCAAUGCAGCCUCCCUCCUGAAACAUCUGGAUCUGAGUUAUAAUCACCCAGGAGACCUUGGGACCAGACAACUCACUGAUAUAAAGGAAGAUCCAGUUAUGAAGCUGAAGACACUGCUUUUGGACCAUGGUGGAGAGCAUCGGUUAAAGCCGGGGAUGAAGAAGUAUGGUGUAGAACUGAAGUUUGAUGAAACUACGGCAAGCAAAAGGCUUAUCCUAGAAGGAGACAGGAAAGUGAAAACUGUAAAGAAGGUAGAGGAGAAACCUGCACGACCUGAAAAUGAGGACAGGUUCAAGAGGUCUCAGGUGUUUUGCGUCGAGGGACUGAAAGGUCUCUGUUACUGGGAAGUGGAAUGGAGUGGGACGGUCUGCAUUGCUGCAGCAUACAAAGGAGUGGGUAGAAAUUGGGAUAGUAGUGGUGGCCUAGGAUGCAAUGAGAUGUCCUGGGGUCUGUACUGCUCCAGUACUGAAUGCACUGCCAUGCAUGGGAAGAUGUCAAAGCCACUGAAAUUACCUUCCAGUAAAAAAAUAGCAGUGCUCUUGGAUUGGGAAGGUGGAACUCUGAGUUAUUACAGUGUUUCAUCAGAAAAGCCGAGCCUCAUACACACCUUCCAUGCAAAAUUCACAGAGCCGCUCUUCCCAGCGUUCUGGUUUAAAACGGGCUCUGUGACCUUAUGUGACAUUGAUUAAAUCACUGUGGUUAAAACAGGUUUGAUAAACUGAUCACCACAGAUGUUCUUCAUAUUUCGUUCUAUUAACAUUUCAGUUCCUUAAUAUGAAAAAUUACUUUGUUUUUUUCUCUUUUAGAUGUGACUUGUUUAUAAAUGAUACUAAAGAAAAAAGAACAAUGUAAAAAGAAAACUAAGCUUUUGUAAUAUCAUAAAGUUACAUUUGCACAACAUCCAGAGGUCCUUAAAAGGCACUAACCCAUGGCAGUUGUAGAUCUGCUAUGAUACAGGCAGCUCUGUAUGUCCAGAUAAGGGACAGUCGCUGAUUUCACUCAUUUCUUUCUAAAACUUGUUUGUGUUUCCUUGUUUAAUCAUUUAUAUUUUUCUAAGUGUAAGAUAUCCUGAUAUCCUGAUAACGAUGAUGAAUAUAAGAGUUUCAAGUAUGUUUUUUUUUUUUACUUCAGUUCUGCCUUGUUCCUGUUUUUAUUACUUUAAUUUUAUAUUUUAUAAAUGACAAUAAAGCAAAACUUGUACAAGAAAGAAUACAUAACUGUAUCCCUGUCGAAUAAUACUACAUUUCCUCUUGAACAUUGACAUUUUUUUUUGUUUUUUGUUUUCACUUUCUAAUAAAAAGGUAGCUAACAUUUAAAUUAACAGUGGGGUAAAAAUCAGACAUUAUGGAUGGAUCGUUUUAUUGUCAGUAUCAUCAGCAGUGAAGACUGAUGAUCAUAAAUAACUGUACAUACAGAAACCUGACUUUUUGAUAUAUAUAGAUAUUAAAAAAUAAAUCCA